AUGGGGGGGGUGCAAAGAGGGCUCACCCCCAGCCCUGCCCGCCGUUCUGUGCCCCCCGCAGCCACACGGAGGAGGGAGAGUGAGAAGUCGGUGGAGGGCGAUGCGUGCGGCCGCGAGGAGGAGGGCCGCGAGGAGAAGCAGCCGCUGAAGGUGAUGCCCGCGCCGCCCCCCAAGGAGAACGCGUGGGCCAAGCGCAGCAGCAGCACCGCUGGCCGCUCCCCGGGCUCUGACUCCGAGCAGCACUCACCCAGCAGCAGCCAGAUGGCUUCCCGCCCGCCUGCAGAGAACGGGGCCACCCCGAGGAGCACCCACCGGAGAGGGGAUGAGAACAAGCCAGAUGGGGGCCGGGAUGGCCCGAAGGCGCGCAGUGGGAGCUCGGCCGAGAGGAAAGACGGCCGCAAGGAGCAUGAGGCAAGAGCUGCGCCUGAGCCAAAGAGACUGGAGGACAGCCCAGCCCCCUUCAGCCACGCCAGCAAGUAUGCAGCGCUGUCAGUGGACGGCGAGGAGGAGGAGUGCGGCGAGUGAAGGCCGUCCCCAACCCCAACACCGAAAUGGAACAGAAAACCCAGCGCCGCCCCGCCAAAAUCAAGCCAAGAAUCAGCAUAAGGAAAGGAAAAAAAGGAGGAAAACCGACAUUGCCGGGCCCUGCCGCUCCGCCCUGCUUCAUUUGGGUUUUUUUUUGGGGGGGGGGUGGGGGUCUUUGGG